GAUUUUGUUUUAGGACCAGCGAGUCAAAUGCAAGGCGAUAUGCAUAUAGUUCGAUGUGUAAGAAGUGGGGUGCAAGAAGGCUAAAGUUGUUUAAUGCAAUUGAUGGCCCACUUAAGAGCAGAGAUCAGAUAAGAGCUGAGGCAAUUAAUAAAGUUCCAGAUGGGAUUCCACGGGAUCAAUGGAUUUCUUAUGUUGAUUACCGCCUUAAAGAAAAAACAGGGGUAUUUAUUUAAAUGCUUCAAUUGGUAUGUGUAAUUAUAUGGCUAUUUGUUUGUAUAUCUUAACUUUUGAGUAUCUUUUUGUAAGAAAAUGUGCAAAAGAAAUGCUGAAAUUCGGAAGACACAAACCAUUUCACACAUCGGUGUCUCCAAACCCAACUCCAAAAGAAGGGCUGAAAUGAUGGCUAAUAACGGACAAACUCCUGGACGAGGUCAACUUUAUCUUGCUACUCAUAGGAAUGAAGAUGGAUCAUAUGUUAAUGAGGCAGCAAAAGAGAUAUGUGAAAAAAUUGAACAAGACAUGACUCAAAGCACCACAGAUGAGUCCGAGAUUUCGCCAAAUGAUGCCGUCGGAAAAGUACUAGGAAAAGAGCAUUCUGGACGGGUAAGGUGCUUGGGAUUAGGAGUCGUCCCAAGUAGAGCUUUUAAACAAACAAGACCCUGUUAUAGUGAUUUGAAUGCUUCAAGUUACAAUAAUGGUUCAUGUUCUUCUCAAUGGCAAGAGAAGUACAAUCAGAUGUUGAGUGCUCACAACGAAAGCCAAGACAACCUCAAUUUUCUGAUGAAUGCUCACACUGAAAUGAUGAGCGCUUUCAAGAUGUAUAUGAUAAGGAAAGAAGGGAGAAUACCUGAAGAAUUUGCUGGGAUCUUUGUUUCUACUACUCCUCCUUCAACGGUAAGAUUGUUAACUUUGAAAUGUAACUUACUCACAUCCUAAAUUAAUCUCAAACUAUAAUCCCUUCAUUGUAGACUUGUUGGAACCUAGAGUAGUUCCUUCUAUGUACCUUUUUCUGUUAAGAUGAUGAGAAUGUAAGUAGUUAUGCUCUAUUUUUAUUGUCAUUCUUCAAGAAUGGAGACCUAGGGAAUCUGGAUCUAGACAACAAGUAUAAAGGCACAUAUUUUGGCUUACUGAUUAGAAAAAAUUGUCCCUUAACAUUGUCCCUACUAGCUAGUGUACAUGAAUGCCCAGUUUGUACCAAUUCUAUGUA